CAGUGAAGGAGCGUACCCUUUUCUCCACACUCUUUCCAACCUUAUUUGGAAAUGUAUCUCUACAGGUGUAGUCAAGUUAAAAUAAGGUCAGACUAGAUUUAGGUUGGCCCUAAAUAAACCUAGUGGUUGUGUCCAGUGUCCUUAUCAGGACAGAGCAAGAGACUGAAAGACAAUUGGAGACACAGGGAAGAGGACCACAUGAUGAUGGAGGCAGGGAUUGGAGUUAGGCUGCCACAAACCAAGAAGACCAAGAAUUGCCAGCAACAGCCAGAAGCUUGACAAGGCAAGGGAAAAUUCUUCACUGGAGCCUUGGAAAGAGCCUGGACCUGCAAACAUCAUCACUUUAGGCUUCUCUCCUUCAAAACAUUGGGAGAAUAAGUGUUGUUUUAAGUCACCUGUUAUGUGGUAAUUUAUUGUGGCAGCCGCAGAGGACAAAUAUACCUCCUUUUGCUCUGUUAGGAGUGGUAAGAGACCUCAUCUGUUGCUAAUUUUAAGACAACAUCCCAUGAUCAUUUCCUUUAACCUUGUUCAUAUGUUUGUGACUUGUCCUUGUCUCUUGAUUAAACUGGCUUUCAUUCAACCAAUUGAAUGUGCCAUCUCUCUCCUGCUGGAACAACUCUGACUGGCACACCCAGUUUCCAUUCUUCUCUUUUUCCUUUAAGUUACAGAAACACUUUCCCUUUACUAUUAUCGUUAUGUUUUGGCUUGGCCCAUGUUCACAAGGUUUUUCUGAAAUUUUCCAUCUCCUUUGCAGCUAGGGAUGGCUUUGUGGCUAAUUUCAGUUUGGUGGAUAUGAGUGAAAAUGAUAGGUUCUAUUUCUAGGUUCUGUUCUGUGGUUGAUUGAAUGAUGGUCCCUCAAGUAUAUCCAUGUCCUAAUCACUGGAACCUGUGGAAUGUGUGUGUUCCUUUCUGUAGCAAAAGAAACUUUCAAUGUGCAGUUAAUUUAAAGAUCUUGAGAUGGCAUCCUGGAUUAUCUGGGUGAGCCCAGUGUAAUGACAAAAGUCCCUAUAAGAGGGCUGCAGAGAGUUAGGGUCAUGGCAGUGUGUCAUGGAAGCAGAGGUUUGAAUGUUGGCUUUGAAGGUGGAGGAGGGGCCAUAAGUCAAGGAAUUCUUGCAGCCCCUAGAGACUGGAACUCUUUUAACACCUUGAUUUUAGCUCAUCAGAUCCAUUUUAGACUUUCAACCUCUUGAACUGACAGAUAAUAAGUUUAUGAUGUUUUAAGCCACAGAAUGUUUUUUUGGCAUUUUUUUAUAGCAGCAGUAGGAAAAAAAUGAAAAAAAGAAAACCACUUGUAUUCCACUCAGGUAUUUUCCUUUUCCUCUGGGUUGGACCAUGAAAAUGGUAGAACCUAAACUGGACCUUGCAGAGGAGGAUGGUGGAGGAAGCUAUCCUAGAUACCUGAGUGACCUCAUGGCACAGAGCUAUUGAUGUCUGCAUUGCAAAGUUAGAGAAAAAUAAGCUUCUGUCUUAUUGGGGCCACUGUAUGAUGAAUUUCUUUGUACCAGCCUAUACUCUUAACAAUCUCCUCUGGCCACAUUUGUCAGGAUUCUUAAUUUGUAAGUAAUAUCAGCUGACUACCUGUUUAAGCAGAAGGGGUAUUUAUUUAAAGGGUGUUUAAUAAAUCAAGGAGAAAACAUCUAUGUGGGCCACAGAGCCAAGCCAAGAAUGUGGAAAACACCAUGGACCUCUUACCUACCUUGUAUCAUGAAUACUAUGACCAGUGUAAGUUCCAGGUGCCAGAAUUGCUGUUGUGUGUUCUCCAGAAAAUGAAUGGCACCACCACCUUUGCCAUCACUCUCCACUGAGAUGAAUGUUGACAGUCCUUGUGACUCUGUGCCAUCAGCUUCCCAUUCAAAGUCUGGGGAGGGUGCAUUUACUUGCCAGAGCCUAAGUCAUGAACUGCAUGAUAGCAAGGAAGCCUGGGGUAAAACAAGUUUCUGGCAACUGGGGUUCUGUUCUGGGCAAUUUAGCCCAAAUGGGGACAGUUCUCAUAUGUAGGUAAUGAGGAUGGUGGCUACCCAGACAGAGUGGCAGAAGUCCACUCCACCUGGGAUAGGAACAUGAGGGUAAUUGUAAAGUGGGUUCCAUUAUUUACUUAGCAGUAACAUCUUGGAACUUGACACUUGCAGAUGUAACCUUUUCAGUAGGCAGUGAUGUGUCUGUUUUUAGCUCCCACUAUUUGAAGAGCUAAUGUGUAUUUUUUUUUUUUUUCCAUUGAGCUUAUUUGGUUUCAAAUGAAAAAGGUAUUCUGAAGAGGGGAAAUGAGAAGGCAGAAACAUCUGCAAUCUGGCAACCAAAAGAAGCAUGAAGAAGAGAUUAAAGGAUUUACCUGAAGACAAAGCAUUCUAUUCAUCAGAGACUGGACAAGAGUUACUCUUGCUUUGGGCAAUUAAAGAUGAUGUUGUCAUGGAAACAGUUGAUCUUGCUUUCAUUCAUUGGCUGCUUAGGAGGUGAGCUGCUCUUACAAGGCCCAGUGUUUAUCAAAGAGCCCAGCAACAGCAUUUUUCCUGUUGGUACAGAGGAUAAAAAAAUAACUUUAAGUUGUGAAGCACGAGGCAACCCUACACCUCAUUACAGGUGGCAGCUGAAUGGAAGUGAUGUUAAUCUGAGUAUGGAGUAUCGUUACAAGUUGCAUGGAGGAAACCUUGUGCUUAUUAACCCUGACAGAAAUAGGGAUACAGGAAGUUAUCAGUGUUUUGCAACAAACUCACUUGGAACAAUUGUCAGCAGAGAAGCUAAACUCCAGUUUGCCUAUCUUGAAAAUUUUAAAACCAAAAUGAGAAGUACAGUGUCAGUACGUGAAGGCCAAGGAGUCGUCCUGCUCUGCGGCCCCCCGCCACACUCCGGAGAACUAUCAUAUGCUUGGAUCUUCAAUGAAUAUCCAUCAUUUGUGGAAGAAGAUAGUCGGAGAUUUGUCUCGCAAGAGACAGGCCACCUCUACAUAGCCAAAGUGGAGACAUCUGAUGUGGGAAAUUACACGUGUGUUGUGACUAGUACAGUGACAAAUGCCAGAGUGCUGGGCUCCCCAACUCCUUUGGUGCUACGGUCUGAUGGUGUGAUGGGUGAAUAUGAACCAAAAAUAGAAGUUCAGUUUCCAGAAACUCUUCCAGCAGCUAAAGGUUCAACUGUGAAAUUGGAAUGUUUUGCCCUUGGAAACCCUGUACCUCAGAUUAAUUGGAGAAGAAGUGAUGGGCUGCCUUUCUCCAAUAAAAUUAAAUUGAGGAAGUUCAGUGGUGUGCUCGAAAUCCCCAACUUCCAACAGGAAGAUGCAGGUUCCUAUGAAUGCAUUGCUGAGAAUUCACGAGGAAAAAAUGUUGCCCGGGGGCGUCUCACUUAUUAUGCAAAGCCUCACUGGGUUCAACUCAUAAGAGAUGUGGAAAUAGCAGUGGAGGACAGUCUUUACUGGGAAUGCCGGGCAAGUGGUAAGCCCAAACCCUCGUACCGGUGGUUGAAAAAUGGAGAAGCCCUUGCCCUUGAGGAGAGAAUACAGAUAGAAAAUGGUGCACUUACAAUAUCAAACCUAAAUGUGACCGAUUCUGGCAUGUUCCAGUGCAUAGCAGAAAACAAGCAUGGUCUCAUCUAUUCCAGUGCUGAGCUCAAGGUUGUGGCUUCUGCUCCAGAUUUUUCAAAGACUCCAAUGAAAAAGUUGAUUCAGGUGCAGGUGGGCAGUGAGGUCAGCUUGGAUUGUAAACCCAGAGCCUCCCCCAGGGCACUCUCUUCCUGGAAGAAAGGAGAUGUGCUGGUACAGGAGACUGACAGAAUUUCUUUUUUAAAAGAUGGAGGACUCAAAAUUGCCAAUGUGACUAAAGCUGAUGUUGGGAUUUAUACCUGUAUAGCAGAAAACCAGUUUGGGAAAGCCAAUGGCUCAACACACUUGGUUGUUACAGAGCCAACAAGAAUAAUUUUGGCACCAUCCAACAUGGAUGUCUCCGUGGGUGAAAGCAUCAUUUUGCCUUGCCAGGUGCAACACGACCCGCUAUUAGACAUCACAUUUACCUGGUAUUUCAAUGGGGCCCUCACAGAUUUUAAGAAAGAUGGAUCUCACUUUGAGAAAGUCGGUGGGAGUUCCUCAGGUGAUUUAAUGAUCAGAAACAUUCAAUUAAAACACAGUGGAAGAUAUGUUUGUAUGGUGCAGACAGAAGUGGAUAGUGUUUCAUCUGCCGCUGAUCUCAUAGUAAGAGGUUCACCUGGACCACCAGAAAAUGUAAAGGUAGAUGAAAUUACAGAUACAACAGCUCAACUCUCUUGGAAGGAAGGUACAGACAACCAUAGCCCAGUUAUUUCCUAUUCUGUCCAGGCACGGACACCUUUCUCCGUGGGAUGGCAAACAGCCACAACAGUGCCUGAGGUCAUUGAUGGGAAAACACACACAGCUACAGUAGUGGAGUUAAAUCCAUGGGUGGAAUACGAAUUUCGGGUUGUAGCCAGUAACAAAAUCGGAGGUGGAGAACCCAGUUUACCCUCAGAAAAAGUAAGAACUGAAGAGGCAGUUCCAGAAGUGCCUCCUUCAGAAGUCAGUGGAGGAGGUGGGAGCCGCUCUGAACUGGUGAUCACCUGGGAUCCAGUCCCCGAAGAACUACAGAAUGGUGAGGGUUUUGGGUAUGUUGUUGCUUUUCGCCCUCUUGGAGUUACCAACUGGAUCCAGACAGUGGUCACAUCUCCUGAUACCCCAAGAUAUGUCUUUAGGAAUGACAGCAUCCUGCCAUUUUCACUGUAUGAAGUUAAAGUGGGUGUUUAUAAUAACAAAGGUGAAGGACCCUUUAGCCCAGUGACAGCAGUGUUUUCUGCGGAAGAAGAGCCUACAAUAGCUCCAUCUCAAGUCUCAGCAAAUAGCCUAUCUUCCUCAGAAAUUGAAGUUUCAUGGAACGCCGUUCCUUGGAAAUUGAGCAAUGGACACUUACUUGGCUAUGAGCUUCGGUACUGGAAUAAUGGAGGAGAAGAGGAAUCAUCAAGCAAACUGAAAGUGGCAGGAAAUGUGACAUCAGCCAGACUCCGUGGUUUGAAAAGCAACUUGGCCUAUUACACUGCUGUCCGGGCUUUCAACAGUGCUGGUACUGGUCCCUUUAGUGCCACGGUGAAUGCAACCACCAAGAAAACCCCUCCCAGUCAGCCACCAGGAAAUGUUGUCUGGAAUGCUACAGACACAAAAGUGUUACUUAACUGGGAGCAAGUGAGAGCCAUGGAGAAUGAAUCAGAAGUAACAGGAUAUAAAGUUUUCUAUAGGACUAGCAGUCAAAAUAACGUGCAAGUGCUGAACACAAACAAAACUUCAGCUGAACUUUUGCUGCCCAUUAAAGAGGACUACAUUAUUGAAGUUAAGGCCACAACGGAUGGUGGGGAUGGAACCAGUAGCGAACAGAUCAGGAUUCCAAGAAUAACCAAUAUGGAUGCAAGAGGUUGCACUUCAGCCAUCUGCAUUGUCCACCCUGUAUCAAGCUCUAUCUCCUUAGUACUCUUCUUUAUUGUGAACGCUCUGUGGUGAUAUUCCUUUUUUUUUUCUUUUUCUUGACGAGAAAGUUAAUUGGUUACAAAAAAAAAAAAAGUGCUUUCAUGAAAUGCAAUGGUUAUGCAUGUUUUUUUCCAAGUCUGUAUUUUUAACUUUAUACAUAAGUAAAAUAUGAAUAUAAUAAAAAAAACAGUAAAUCCUUUGAGGGAAAUCUGAAAUGCCUUAAUAUUUACUUGAUAAACCAAAGGAAUUUACAUAUUACAUACUUAAGAUUUUUGAUGGAGGCAUCCUUAAGCUAUGAGUUUAAGCACUGCCUGUGGAAAAAGAUUCACUCAAGUGCUCCAAUGUGGACACACCCAGACAUACUUUUGUUGUGUUUUUUUCAUGUAGAAAAACUCAUUUAAUUCAGAUGAUCUGUUCCCAUUUUAACAGCAUUGUUUGGAAGACAUAAUUUGUAUUAUUUUAAAAUGCUCGUUUGAAAUAUGCAAAGGUGAAAAGUUCAUUAAAAAUUACCCUGUUUGGGAGUUCCCAUCAUGGUUCAGCAGUAACAGACCUGACUAGUAUGUAUCCAUGAGGAUGUAGGUUCAAUCCCUGGCCUCACUCUGUGGGUUAAAGAUCUGGCAUUGCCAUAAGCUGUGGUGUAGGUCACAGACAUGGCUCAGAUCCCUCAUUGCUGUGGCUGUUGUGUAGGCCACAGCUGCAGCUCCAAUUCAACCCCUAGCCUGAGAACUUCGUAUGCCAUGGGUGCAAUCCUAAAAAGACCAAAAAAAUAAAAUUUAGAAGAAGGUGCAUGUAAUUCAAAAGAAUGUUAUUGGGAGAUGUACCCUAGGCUUUGGGAGAGCAUUGUUUUUGUUCAGGUAUCUUGCUGAAUGGUUGGAAGACUCUACAAAUCACUUGGCUCACUCUGCUUCUCAGUUACUCAUCCAUAAAAUAUGGAGACAAUAAUAUUCUUCUUAUCUCCCUCUGUCCCAUGAAUUACUUGCUGAAAGAUAAAGAAGGAAAUGUGAUAGUGUUUUUUUUUUACCCCUAAUACACUAGGCCUGUGCAAAAUAUUAGUAUGAAUUUAUUUAAUCAUGUUAAAGUCAUGAGAAUCAGCCACAUUUUUUAAAGUUUGCCUCCCAUUCUAGGUAAUGCUUUCUUUUUUAUUUAGUGAUACUAUACAAUUGAAAUGAUCACAUUUUAUCCUUUCUCCAAAGUUUUAAAAAGUGAAAUAAAAUAAAAAGCAAUCGUUUUCCUUCACACCUGUGAAUAAGCUUUCAGGUUUUAUUAAAACAUGAUGGAGAAAAUAAGGAAUGACCUGAAUCUUAACCCAAAUAUUAAACAAAACUCACAUGGUCCUUCAUUUCCAAUUUCUGAUUCCAUUAAGGGACCCUCUCUUUUUGGGGAUGGUAGAGAUGGUUUUUUAAUGAAAUCCAGCCUUCUUAUCAGAGUGAGUCUGGCAGGCUUUUUAGUUCCUGAGUUAUAUUCGUAAUAGGAUCAUGGCAGCACUGCUGACUUUGAUAUGUAUGACUCAGUCUCUCUCAGUCUUUGGUGUUCAAAGGAUUGUCGAAGACAUGACUUCAUAGCAAUAUGUAAAGAAUAUAUGAAAAUCAGCAGAUUGAGGGUUAGACAUUGCAAAAUCAAAUUUUUUACCUCUUUCCUAACAAUUUCACAUUUUGCAGGAACUUGUUCUUCUUUGCAAAGAUACCUAAAUUUGAAACCAACAGAUAUCAACAGAGAAUACACAUUAGCAAAAUUCUGAUAUUACGAUGAAGUGUUACUUUACAUUUAAAUAUUACAUUAAGAUAACAUCAUUAUACACGAAGGAAAAAAAUAUUUAUAACUUUCUCUGCAAGGUCUGUAAAUAUUGUAUAUAUCUAGAACAAAUCUGAAUGACAGGUAGAUUUCAUAUGACCAUUGUUAUUUUGGGUCAAAAAUUGAGGAAACACUUUCUCCAAUACCUGUAUUUUAUGCUACAUGUAAUGGAGUUGUACCUUUUUAUUAUUUGGUAAUUCCUAUAAUAUGUUCCUAUACUUUUCACUUUCAAGAUGAUUGCUUUAUUGUUUCAUGGCAUUUCUAAAAAUAUAUCUCUAUGAGAUAAGCACUUUUUUCAUACUGAAAAGUAUAAAGUUUAUCUUUCAAUUCCUGUGUGUGUAUCCUAUGGUUAUCUGUAUGUAUUAUUUUUUAUUAUUCUAAUAAAAUUUAUAAAAUCAAA